UUUACUCAAAGAUCGGGAUCGUUCUCGUACGACCCACCGCCAUCCAGUUGACGACGUGGCCAAGCUACGUCUUAUUCCUGCGUUUCAUCGAGCCGGGGUGAUUCAAACGAGAUAAGUAACGACACAUGCUGUGAAUAACAUAUUAGGAACGUUUACUUCUGCGAGCAACGAUGUCGGGAAAAAUCAAAAGCAGAAGUGCAGCAAACGCGGACUCCAUAUCCGGCGGUGUCUCCUGCGAUGAGCGAAUUUUGCGGGAUUGUCAUCAACUGUACACGGAAGCCGACAGCGGCUUGAUCGCAGUGGCCGAAUCUGUGGAUGUGAAGUUGCUGGCCCCCAGAAAAAAGAUCACUGUGAUGCUGAUGGGCAACCACUCUGCUGGGAAAAGCUCCUUCAUCAACUGGUAUGUUGAAGAGCACAUCCAACGCACAGGAGUCGCUAUUGAGACCCAGGGAUUUAGUUUCGUUACGAGCGGCCGCAAGAGAGAAUCUCUUACAGGAAAUGCCACCCUUCAUUUGUAUCCGCACUUCAAGCCUCUGCAAGAAUUUCGAGGUGUAUCGGAAUAUCUGAGCACGGAGAUCUGUACGUCGCGACAGAAACGUUUCAGCCUGGUGACGUUUGUGGAUUCGCCCGGGUUGGUGGAUGGAGAUAUGAAGUAUCCCUUUGAUGUGGAUGAAGUCGUCAUGUGGCUAGGUGAUCUUUGCGACCUGAUUCUGGUCUUCUUCGACCCAAUGGGUCAGGCUCUGUGCAAACGUACCCUCAAUAUCGUGGAGGCCCUGAAUGACAAACACGGGGAUCGGCUGCGUUUUUACCUGAGCAAGGCGGACGAGGCCGGGGGCGAGUCUGACAGACAGAGAGUGAUGAUGCAGAUUGUCCAGGAGCUCUGCAAACGUCCUGGACUCAAUAAAUGUGGCUUUGACAUGCCCACCAUCUACAUCCCUAAUCCCAACAAGCCGAGCCGCUGUGUCAACCAAAUUGAGGAGGUGUGCCGCACCAUUGAGAGAACCAUCAACCAGACCGUCCAGAACACGCUCAACACUCUGGAGAAGGACUGCGAGGUCAUCAGUGAAGCCAUCACUGAGAAGCUCACCAAUGACAGGCAAACGAGUCUUGAGAACCGACGGGCACGCUGCAAGAGCUGCUUCCUGACUCUGCUGGGCUUUAGCGUCCCGCUAGCUCUUUUGGCCGUACUGCUGCUGGGCACGCUGUCACAGGAAGUUCUGCAAAUGGCUUUGGGCCGCCAAGGCAUUGAGGCGCUGUCACUUUAUCUGAUUCCCGUGGUCCGGAUAUUUGACUCCAUGUCACGAGAGCAGCAGCUCUACGGCUGUGGCGGGAUGGUCCUCGCUUCUUUCCUGCUGCUCAUCAUCGCACGCUUCUCCUUCAGGACUCAACCGACUCUGUCAGGCAAACAGAAAAGGCAGCUGCAGGCCAAGUUGGAGUUUGUUCAGGAGGUGGUAAAGACCAAAAAGAAGAAGCUGUACGAAGACUAUCUGCGGCAGAGCGUCAGUGAUCACGACAUGAAUUGAAAAACCCAAAAGACGCACAACACGGACCAAAUAGGAAAGGAAGCACUGCCAGCGUUACACUGCAAUACUUUUCAUACUAUCAUAUUUCAUACUGUAUUGAUUUCAUGUGAACUCGCGUUAACCCCUUCCGCCCCCCCAUGCUCUUUAUAGUAGAUUCUUACCUGCAAACUUGGACCUGACGUCAUUGCGUCUGCUCCGCUCGAUUAUCAUGUCAUGCUUAUACCACUCUACAUAUUUAAAUGUUUGCUAUUUAUAAUAUUUCUCUAUCAGAUCAAUAUGUUUUGGUCAGUCAGCAAAUGGCACUGCUUUACUUUGUUACUGGUCCUUUUUUGUACUUUCACCAGCAUUUUAUACAGUUUAGACAUAUUACAAUAUCUCGUAUAUCAUAAGCAAGGUUUUUCUAGGUGUCUUACCGUCAUUUUCCAUUAGUCACAUUUGUGUUUCCACAUUUGUUCACGUUCAACAUUUUUAAUUCUAACUGAAAUUAAUAAAAUGAUGCAGAAUUUGUA